AUGUCUCUGGACAUGGGGCAGCUAAGGUCCACUAUAAAAGCCAGCCCAGCCCCGUGCUCCCUCAUCCACUUCUCUGGCCUUCUCCUCCUUGGGAACCAGGUGAACCUCCUGCCCCCAGACAUGUCCUGCUACGACCAGUGCCAGCCCUGCCUGCCGUGCCAGCCCUGUGGCCCAACUCCACUGGCCAGCAGCUGCAAUGAGCCCUGCGUCAGGCAGUGCCAGAACUCCACCAUCGUCAUCCAGCCCUCUCCUGUGGUGGUGACCCUGCCCGGCCCCAUCCUCAGCUCCUUCCCACAGAACACCGUUGUGGGAUCCUCCACCUCUGCUGCCGUUGGCAGCAUCCUCAGCUGUGACGGAUGUCCCCAUCAACUCCGGGUGCUGUGA